GAAAAUGCAGAGUUAAUGAGGCUUCUGGUGGAGAAGGAUUCGUUAUACAUGCAGCAGGAUUCGAUGCUUGUGGAUAUUGAAGAUAUGAUACAGCAUGAAAGUAACUCAGAAUCGUUGAAUUCACCCGAUUUUUUGAAAGUGCAACCAAGCAGCUCAUCAUCUAUGGCUACAACCAAAUUGCGCAUUUUGAAACGUUGA